UAAGAGGUAAAUUAUUGUUUGCCUCACCAGGAAGCCCUGAUCUGGUAUUUGAUUCUAAAACAAAAUCUUGUGAGGAACAACGAAUAAUAUUCAACAAAACAAAGUUAUUAAAUUUUGAUCAAGAGAAGCAUUCAUUAAAAAUUAACCCAAUAAUUGAAGUAAAGACAGGCAUUCUUGUUAAAACUGGAAAUAAAUUUGAGGAAGAGAAAGCAGAGGUGAGAGAUCUACAAAAAUUUUCAGAUUUAAUUCAUCACUCUAUUACAUUGCCGGAGGAUAUUAAACGGCCAGAAGAAGAGGAUGUACUCUCAGAGAUGUUAGGCUUUCCAAAAAUACUGGAAAAUGGAAAAAAUAUUACAAGGGAAAUUUUUGAAAAUUUGAAGGAGAAUUUAGAGUUUGGUGUUGUUGGAAAAGGGAAAGAAUUGGCAGAAGAUAUUCACAAUAAAGGAAGUGAAAUUAUUUCUGGGGCAAAGGAAUUCAUCGAGGAUAAAUGGUCAUUCAUGCAGAGAUUAUAUUGGAUUUUAAUGGCUUUCCUAAUUUUGUCAGCCCUAUUAGUAAUUACUUAUUUAUCUUGGAAAUUUCGUGCCUUAUUCUCUAUUAUUUGGAAAGGAAUAUUGAUCGGGCGAUCGUUUAUUAGAAUUUUCUUUGGAGGAAAGGGUAGCAAACAACAAAGACGAGAAAUUAAAGUUAAUGCUAUUGAAUUGGAAGAAAAAUCCCCUACCCCUUCAGCGCCCACAUUAAAUCAAUUAGAAGAGAAAGCAUAUAUAUUGGACUAUAUCCCAUCGAUUUGUGCUGUGCUAAAUCGAAAAAGAUGCUAUAUUGAAGUAAUUUUGGAGGGAAUAAGACAAAAAGCGUUAAUCGAUUGCGGAGCAGAUAUUUCUUAUUGUGGAAGAUCAGUCGCUAUAAAAUGUGGAAUGAAAACUAAAUCGGGAGAUGGUCGGCAAUGGCUACAAUUGAAAUAG